AUGUUGAAGUUAGAUGAUACUCGAGUCGUCACUAAGCUUCCUACAGCAGCAAAUCUUACAGAAAUACGUAAAAUACUUUCGGGAAAAUCAGAACUAAUAAUGGGACGUAAAGCUUAUUUUUGUCAAUCUAUUAAAGAUUCUCCAAUAAUUCCACAUGACGAGGAAAAAAAAUAUUUUUUAGAAAAUGUUAUCGACUCUGUCAAAAGAUUGAAACUAAGGAAUGGAUCGAAAUCUGCAGAGAAAAAAGCGUUUGAAAUUCUACAAUAUCCGAAGUCUACGUUGCAAAUACCAAUUACUUCGGAGCAAGAAUUAAAUUGUAGAACGGAAAUAGACGAUAUUCGUGCAAAAAAUUUAUUUGUUACAACAAGUCUAGAUGUAAACUUGCCAUAUACACUAAUUUCUGCGAUGCUUGGUGGUUCUUACCAGUCGAAUUCUGUCAAUCAUAACAAUAACGUAAACAUAAAAACAUACCAGAAAUCAACAAGAAUAAAAGCAAUAUUCUCAAUGUCCGAAUCAGAAAUUAAACCAACUAAAGAAUUUGUUUCAGCAGUAGAUGUAGCGGUAGCACGUGUAUCAACAAAUCGUCGUGAAUCCCUAGAGCAAGUCACUAGAGAUUUCGGAAAAUUUUGGUGUAAAAAAUUGGCUUGGAAAACUAUUUUCAUGAACAAGGAAUGA